UCGUGGAACACAUCUUGCGUCUCUAACCAAAAAAAGAAGUAGCCCCUGGCUCUCGCAUUCUCUGUGCGUGGAAAACGAAGCUAGCCGUAGCGAGCAAAUUGUACAGCAAGUCUAAUCGAAACCGGUGCUAAAAGGAUGUGGAACCAGUGAGCGAUUCCGGCGAUCCGGAAUAUUCAACGGUGCGUCGCAGUACAGCGCGGAAAACACUUGCCCAAAUUCCGGCCCCACCGAAGCAAACUUAGCAGCGCCUCUGUGUGCGAAUGAAAUACAGCAGCAGCAGUAGCAGCAGUAGGCACAUCAGCAUCAGCAAUAUCGAAAAGCGGCCAGCAGUGUAUGUGUGUGUGUGCGCGUGUGUGUGAGGAAACCCCAGAAGGAAAAUCCCUGUCGUGGUGGUCGCGCUGGUCGUGCAGAAGCCAACGAACUACUACUACACAGCGGGAAAGCGUGGCGCGGAAUUGAAGACAUAAAAUCCGUUAAAGCAAAGCAACAAACGCACGAAUCGGACUGCCAAAACGGUUAUAGGGAGAUCUGCAAAGCCCGGGUGUAAGAAGAAGAAGAAGAAGAAGGAAGGGAAGCAAUGUAUUUUUGCUGAAUGCUCUGCGCCGACGAGCUGUGCCUACGACGACGAAUUAACGAGUUUGCCAUUUUACCGUCAGGCUUCGCUUGUCGCUGGGAGAGCGCAUCGGGAGCAGCAGACGACACAGCAUCAAAAUUGCAACCGCCACGACGCGAACCGAUGGCGGUGUGCUGCUGCCUGUACGCGGUGUUUUCAGCGUACAUCAAAACAGCGCGCUCGAGAGCGAGAGACGAAACAGAAUGCAAACGCUCGUGGUAGUAGCAGUGUGAUAUCGGCGAGAGCCACCGGAGAGAGCAAACAUGGGAGAAACCACUAGCAAAUAGACCCAGUACCCAGUACACGAAACCGAAAAUGCAGCAGGCAGGCGGCAGCGGAGGCAGCACAGCAUCGCCGAAAGACCAAAUGCGAUCUUGUGCUGUGUGACGAUCCCAUCUACCGCCAUUGCCGUCGUCUUCUUGCCACACACUAACCUAAUCGUUGAAUUAGUGCGCACGUUGGUUGGGACUGUGCUGCUGCUGAAUGGAGACCAUCCGGAUUCUGAGCACCAGUGCUAUGAACCGUUCUGACAUGGCCUUCUCGCUGCCAGUACCAUCGGACGAUAACGAAGGUCAUCUCGAUUAUUAUCGCAUUGGCGGUGAUCCACCUGCCGCAGGAACAGUAGACACCUCGGCAUUACCAGUGGUUUUAUUAGAGCAACAGAGAAAGGAUCAGCAUAGUUCCCACUCAUCGUGCACGUCUGUUGUAUUGAACGGUUCAUCAAACGUGGUGGAUACCUUGACCGUUGUUCUACCACCAGCAGCGUGGUCCUUUUCGUCCACCCCUACCGUCUACCAACGAUCGACGGUGUGCUAAAGAGAGAAUUCGUCGCGCCCCCCCUGUCUAUGAACAUUAGUAGUCGCCACUGCAACGCAGCAUAAACUACUCCAAAACUGGGCACCAAGGAGGCAAGCUAACAGCGACGACGAAGAAGAAAGAACAGUGAAAACGAAAAGCGAAUUUGUUUUUGUUUAAAAAGUGGCACUAGAAGGAGGAAAGCGCGAAAACCUCGAUUAACCGCGAACAGAGUGUUUGUGUGUGUUUAUGUGUGCUCGUUUGUGUGUGCGGUGUGAUUAAGUUUGUAUCUUGGGUUGGAUUCGCCACCCGCAGCAAAGGGCGAGCAAAACUCCCAAAGAAGGCGCAUCGCUCGUUGCGUUGUAGUAAAUGACCGCAGGAAGCGAAAGAUCAUCACGUACAGUAGUAGUAGCAGCAGCAGCAAUACAGCUCAAUCAUGUCUGCGUCGCGCGACAGUAUCAUGACAGCACCGUCUGGCCCGUCUGUGAACAGUAACAAAUUCAAUAUUUUAGGAUCCGGCAACAACACUAGCAGUAGUGGUGGCAGCAGCGCCCAAGGUGGUGGAGGAGUAGCAGCAGCAGAAGGCAAUGGUGGUGGAAACUAUAGUACUGCGGUGGCACAACACACGGGGGCUGCAGGAAACGUGCUAAUACUAGAUGGUGCCGCCAACAACCGGCUACGACACCCGAACCACUAUCCGCUGCUCGACUGCAAUGACACGGUAGUGGCGGCAGCGAGCGGUCUGCAACAGCUGUCCAAUGUGGCGGCACUCAAGCUGAGGGGCGAAUGUGCCGGAGGCCCCACGACAGUACAGUAUUCCAACAUGAUCUGCACGAGUUACGGUGCAACGAUGGCAUCCACAACGACGACGACGACGCUCAGCGGCAAUAGUAGCGGUAGCAGUAAUUUUAGCAAUAGUAUCGGCGCCGCCACCAGUACCAGUAACAGCAACAGUCUCAACAGCAAUAUCCACACCAGUAGUAAUAGUAGCAGCAGCAGUAGUAACAGCAGUAGCAGCAGCAACAACAGUGUCAACCUAUUGCCCGGCCAGAGCCCAACGUUGGCAACGGGCGGAGGAGGAGGCGAUGGGGCAGCAAAUCGCAUGCAGGUGGUAAACAAUGUGACGCUGGUCCCUAAGGGACAGCAGCCGCAACAGCAACAGAUGCAAUUGCAGAUGCCGCCAACUACGGCCACCUUCAACUACAUCGAUUCGAGCGGGAAAAACUUUAACGUAUUCACCUCCACCGGGGGCAAGUUUAGCACCAGCAAGCUGAUCAGUGUGCCGAUUGCAAAGAUGAAAAAUCUCAACAACCAUCCGCACCACCAGCUCGUCGGUGCACAGCAACAGCAGCAGCAACAGCAGCCGCAGCAUCUGCUGUCGUCUAGCUCCUCGUCCGUGUCGAUUACGCAGCAACAUUUGCCGACCAUGUCGAUUGCCGGCGGAAUCCUUACCAGUAGCAGCGGUGGCAACAGCAUUGGCUCAACGUCGGCCACAACGACGAUGGUGCAGAAGGUCACGGUGCCUCGAAACAUUCAGCUCGUUACAAGGAUGCCACCCAACAGCACCCACAGCGGUGUAUCCAGCUCGGCAGCUUUAAGCAACGGUGGUCGUCUCUUGCAGCAGCAACAGCAGCAGCAGCAGCAGAUUCAGUACAACAACGCCGUUGGUCAGAUUCAAGAUACUGGUGGUGGAUCACUAUCCACGACACCGGUCGAGCUGAAGAACGUAGUGACCACGCACGUGAAACCGGUUCCGGUCACAAGCAAGAGCAAAGUAAGCCAAAAUGCAUCACUGAAAUUGUUACAGCAGCAGCAACAGCAACAGCAGCCACAGUCCCAGCAACAGCAAAGGCUCUCAAAUGUAACGCUGAAACCGCUGGCCGUCAUGAAGCAGCAGCAGCAGCAGCAGACACCGACCGCGGUUAAUGUGAGCUUGAAAACGGUGCGAAGUAACUCAGCAUCACAAAAGGGCGCACUAGGCAGCAUCAACCAUGGCACUGCACCGAGCAACGUUUCAUCUUCGAUGUUCUACAUGAAGAGCGGUGGCGGCAGUGGCUCGUUGGACCUGCAGCAAACGGUCGGCACAAGCAAAGCGCCCAUUAUAAUGACCUCGGGGGCGGUCUUUCAUUCGGGUCUGCUCCCGGGCCAAGCACAGGUGAUGAUCCCUGUGUCGUCGUACGCGCAGACCAACAACAGCAGCAGCAGCAGUAGUAAUACGAUCAGCAGCAAUAGCAUCAGUGCCGGCACACCUACAUCGUUGGGCAGUAUCAAGCUGACGGCCCCGAUACACCACAUCCUCGGUGGUUCGAAACAGUCGAGCACCACCACUACCGUGAACGUGAUGAAAACGGGCAAAAAUCAAAUACUACAAAUUCAUCCCCAGCCAGCUCAGUCGCGAACGGCUUCACCUCAGCUGCAGCAGGGUACGUUCAUUGGUGGCAAUGUUGGCGGAACUGCAGUGCAGCAGCAGCAGCAGCAAGUGGUUGUACAGCAACAACAGCAACAACAUACGUCUGGUGGAGGAGGCGGUACGAUGAUGAUCAACGUACCAGCGUCCUCGCUCACAAGUAAAGCGCCGAGCGUAGGCCGGUUUACACCCUCCUCGAUUGGCAGUACCGCUAACUACAUCGUGAGCUCAGCUUCCUCCAUGGCAGUUUUCGCCAGUACCGCAACACUGACGACAACUUCAUCAACAAUCUCAGCAGCGACUGGCGGCGGCGGACAUAAAGGGUUAAGCAAUCUCUACACGGCUGCCGCCACGGUUGGAGCAUACGAUCAGCAGACGCUUGCCGAAACGGUCACAAAGUAUUCGGGGGGAAAGGGUGGCGCAAGCAGCAACAACUUCACGAACGCAUCAACCGGUGGUAGCACGGCGUCGGCGAAGUCGUCGGCCAAAAGCAUUGGAGGCGGACGAGGACGUCACAACAGUGGCAGCCAGUUUCAGCUGCACGCUCCACUAGCCUCGUCGCCGCCGGUCGUGUCUCAGCACUACGUGUCAAUGGAACAUUCGAUGGUACCACCAGCGGGAGUCGAACAGCAGCAUCCAACCUCGCAGCAAGUGCUGGUAAACCACACGGCCUCGCCGCCGUACCGGUAUGUCUACACCACUUCCUCGUCCGGAACGACGUCCAGCAGGACGCCGGUGUCGCAGCAAUCGGGACCAAGUCCUGCGGGCGAUGCGGACGUGAACUAUCUGAACGGUCAGUCCGACGAGACGGCGACGGCGAGAAUACUGCAGAGUUUGUCGCAGAAAUCGCACGACACCUCCACGGGCAGCAAUGCGAAACUGUACGCCCGGCAUCAUUCGUACGAGCCGUCGUCCUCCUCGUCAUCAUCGUCGGUGGCAGGAACGCCGAGCAGGCAUCGUUACGAUUCAUCCGGAUCGACGGACGGUCGCCGAAUGAGUGGCUCCGUGGAUGGUACGACGACGCUUUAUGCGGAUAAUAUUCCGCUAAAAGAGAGUAGCCCGGCCAGUGCGCUCGCUACCGCCCACUACUCGGCGCGAGACGACGACGAAGGCAACAGCAUUGAGGUGCGCCCUGGUCCGGUCGAUCCGUCGGCCGGUCUGUACUACAUCCUGCAAGCGAUCAUGCAGGACCACACCUACUGCGAACCGAUCACGACGACUGCCGCCGCCGACCAUCAUAUCACGGUUCCUUCGGGAGCGAACGCGUCAAUUCAGCAAACAAUUCAACCGAACCCUGCAGUGUCACAUUCUGUCCCCGGUGGUACCAUUUCCACCGGCGUGGACGUAAACAGCCUGGCGAUGAUCACGUCUUCCUCGUUGCCGUCCGGGCUGCACCCAACGAUGACGACGACGGUGAUGGCUGCCCCGGCGGCAGUGCCCGUCAGCAUGGGCGUCAGCGGAUCGCCCAUAGUAGUGCCGAUAGCACAGAUGAAUCUGGCCAAGCUGACGUCGGCUGCCGUUGCGAGCGAGCUGCUCGGAAGCUCGAAAGGAGCGGGCGGCGGCAUGUUCGAAUAUCUGUACCAGGCGAAGGGAGGCUUGACGACAGCCCGGCCGGGCGCUCACGACGACAAUGACGAUGCACAGUCGGUCAUCAGUACCGGGUCGCGGGCGGGCCAGGACAACGAUCUGGGCGAGGAAACGGAUACGGCACCGGAGGGCGAAGGCGAGGACGAUUCUGUCACGCGCUGCAUCUGCGAUUUGACGCAUGACGAUGGGUACAUGAUUUGCUGCGAUAAGUGCUCUGCCUGGCAACAUGUCGAUUGUAUGGGUAUCGAUCGCAUGAACAUACCGGACGAGUACAACUGCGAGCUGUGCCAGCCGCGUCCCGUCGACAAGGCGCGAGCCCGCCAGCUGCAGCUGCAAAAGCGCAAGGAGCAGAGUCUGUUCUUUGCAAACAACAAUGUGACGGUUCCGGGAGCAGCCGCGUCCGCAUCCACAACGACGGACAUCGGCGGUGUGUCGAGCACAAAUCAGCAUUUGCCACCAACGCCACCACUGAGUGGGAAAGGAGGCAACCAUCAUCAUCAUCAUCAUCAGCAGCAGCAGCAAUACGCCUCCCAUCAGCAGCAUCAGUACCAGUACGGCGAUGUUAUGUCCCAUCAUCAACUGCAGGGCCAUAUGCCACCGAGCAAUGGGGCGAUCGGAGCGACGAAUCACACGGCGCCGGCAACGCCCGCGAAAAGUGCGAAAAAGUCCAGAUCCGGCGGAAGCUCGCGCAAGAAGUCCGACAGCGUUUCAUCUUCUUCGUCGAUCGGGGGUGGAGCUCUGUUUGGAGCUCCGAACAGUGGUGCCAUGGCAGGUGCAAUGAACAGCAACACCCUUCCGAUCAGCUCGUCAGCAACGACACCGACGAUGGUUGUGAGUGGCAGUGAGGGUGUACCGUUCGGUGCUGGUGGUCUGAUUCCUGGCCCGGGAGGAGCAAUGAUGGAUGCGAUGGUUACAACGAUGGCGACCACGCUGCCGCUGGGCUCGUCGUCGAUCGCUGGCGGUAUGGCCGUGUCCACGAUGGCACCGUCCGGCACCACCCUGUACUGUGAUAGUAGCAAUAGUAGUGGCGGAGCGGCCAAGAAGCUAAGCAAAAAGGCAGAGGCCGCCCUGAACAGCCGCUUGAACGGUGGCAAGCGCGUAGUGGCCGGCAAGGAGCUACGCUCCGUUACGGCCGGUGCACCGACGGCGGCCGCCUCGCGACCCUCCAAGAAGAAGACGAAGAGCGCGGAGCAGAGCACGGAAAAGCUGAUGAACAUGAUACGCACGUGGAUCGACAGCUACGAGCGCGCGACGACGAACCACUACUCGCCCGAGCUGCGGGCUAGGCUGCAAGCGUUCGCGAAGCUGCAGGCACAGAACCCGCUGCUAACCGACAGCCGGCUGCUGACGGUGCCGAGCGGGGCGAAUCUCACCCCGCGCUGCACGACCGUACCGCACGCGGGGGGUAAAAUCCUGAUCGGCACGAGCGACAUCGAACCGCGGGCACCGAUCAUAGAGGUGAGGGGCAAGUACAUGCUUACCAACCAGCACAAGCAGCUGCAGUCGCUGUUUAACAUGGCGGCGAACGGCAAGCUCAGCCAGAACAAGAAUGCCGGCCCGUUCCUCUUCCUCUACCAGCUGCCGGCGGCCGGGUGCGGUGGAAUGGAGCUCUGCGUCGACACGCGCACGUACGGCAACGACGCCCGCUUCGUGCGGCGAUCCUGCCGGCCGAACGCGGAGCUGCUGCACAGCGUGGAGAAGGGAGUGGUGCAUCUGUACAUUGUAGCGACCACGAACAUCAAGUCCAACACGGAGAUUACCAUACGGCACGACGAGCAGCUGAUUCAUCGGAUGGGCGGCGUGGUCAUCCUCACGCACACCACCGUCACGAACGUGUGCGCCUGCGGCUUGAUAAAGGACUGUGCGUACUCGGCCCAGCUAAGCGAAUCGACCGGUGUAUCGAUGGCGCCUGCUUCCGGCACGGCGGCUCCUGUGGGGGCUGCUGCUGGAGUGGCGCCAGGUGGCAAGAGCAGCGGCAAGAGCGGAACCAAGCGCUCCCUCGCGGACGGUGGGCUGGACGGGAAGGGAAAAUCGAAAAAGGCUCGCAACAACAGCUUCAGCCGUUCGGCUGACGGGCGCAAUCGGUCGAUUUCUUCCAGCGGCGGCGAAAGCGACGCCAUGUUUGGCACACCGCAGGGUGCCGGCCAGUCCGGGUGUCUGAUGUCACCGCCGGCCUCCUCGCCCAUGCUGCAACCGAUGCUACAGCAGCAGCACAUCAUGACGCCGCAAGAACUUCAGCAGCAGCAGCCGCCACACUCGCAACCGAUGAUGCUCGGUCCACCGAUCCAACCCCCGAUAAUGGCGGGAAUGGGUGGCCCCCCGUAUCUGUAUUGCCCGCCGCCAGUAGCUUCUCCGCAUCAUCCGUCUAUGGGCGGGCCGCCGGGCACAAUGCCUCCCUCCUCGCCGUAUCAUCCUUACGACGUCAAUCUUCCGCUAAGGUCACCGCCGCCACCACACGUAGCGCAAGCGCAAUCUCCCCAGCACCAGCAGACCCCUCCUCCUCCUCCACUACCCGGUGCGUCCAGUUCGCCCGUCAUGCCAUUGAAUGCCGGUGUGCCACAGCCGCUUACUCUUCCUCUCCAUCAUCAGUCGCCAGUUAAGAAGCAACUGCCGCAUCAGCAGCAGCAACAGCAGCUACAGCAACACUUUCAAGAGCAUCAACCCGAAGCGGCCGCAGCGCUGUUAGCGAUGGCGUCCGGCGGUGGCUGUAUUGGAUCCCGCCCCGGAACGGCCGCACUAGAUGCGGCCCUGCUCGAGCACGGUACGCGCAUGGAGCUGAUCCAGCAACAGCAGCAGCUGCACCGGCUGGAGAUACUGGAGGAUGUUAUGAAGAUACAGAUCAAACCUUCCCCGCCUGCCUCACCGUUAAAACCCACAACGAGCCACAGAAGCUCACCCGUUUCGCUGUUGCUUUCGCCGACCAAGCCAGUAAUGCAGCAGCAGCAGCAACAGCAGCAGCAGCAGCAGCAAUCGCCAACGGUGGUACAGACGAAGGAAAUCAUUGGAACAGUUCUGUUCCCGCCUCAGCAGCCCUGUCCGCAGAUAAAGCAGGAACCGGAAGUCGUUACCGUCGACGUCAAUGAAGUCGACUCGGUGAAGCGAGAGCCGGGCGAGAUGAAAGAUGUGCAGAUCCAUCCCAGUGGCGUGGUUGUUGCACCGUUCGCACCGGUUUGCGUCGUGAAGGAGGAGUACAGCAGCAAGCACGAGGUAAAGCUUGAACCCGCGGCACCAUCGCAAAUGAGCACCGUGGGCGAGGAGCACGCCAUGCCAGGCACGACGGUGGUAACGACGGUGGAAAGUGGGAAUGUAACCAUCAAAACGGAACCGUCUCCGCUAAUGCUACCCGGCGAAAGGAAGCAGGAGCAACCAAAUUCCACCCUGCCGGUCACCGUCACCGAACAGCAGCAGCAACCGAUGGCGACGGGCACCGCCGGAUCUUUGACCUCAUCCCCAGUGAAACGCUCCAGUUCGCCAAACAAUCAUCACCACCCUCAUCAGCACCAUGGUGCGGUAAACCAUCAUUCGGCCAGCAAAAACAAAAAGAGCAGCAGUGGUGGUGGCGAUCAGCCACAUUCCCGGUCGGAGAAAAAACAGGCGACGGAAAAGCCGAGCCGAAAGCUAACGCGCGAAGAGCGCAAAAUGGAAGCGAUCGUGAAGGCGUUCGCGAAGAUGGAACAGUCCCAGCAGCGCAAGCAGGAGCUGAAGGAGCAGCGGAAGGACGGUGUGACGGUUCCGGGCAGCAAACGGCGCAGCAUCUCCACCUCGAACGCCGCCAUGGGUGGCAAUCUUUCGGACGAUGGUACGGCCGACAGCAGCGGUGCGGCAGGAGGCGUCUGCUCGUCGUCCAGCGGUGGUCAGCUGUCGGCCAACACGUCCUGCGACGGUACGAAUGUGGAUCACUCGUUCGGCAGCUCGCCGAACGCUCGCUCCUUCUCCAGUGGUGGCAGUUGCAGCGGAAGUAGUAGCAGCGGUGGCGGCAAGCGAAAAAUCCGGUCGUCGUCGAAGACGCGCUCGUCGAAGAAAAAGAAGAGCAAAGCGGUCAGUCAGCAUUUCGCAUCGUCCACUCAGCAGCGGCGCAAGAAGCUGGCCGCAGCAGCAGCUCGCUCGAGAUCGAAAUCGAAAAGCAAUAAUCGGAUGCAGCAGCAGCAGCAGCAACAACACGACCAGCAGGAUCAGUACCAGUCGCAAUCAGCAGCGGGAGGUACGGAGGGCGAAUCGUACGCUGGCGGUCAUUACGACAAAGCAGCCGAGCUGCUGCUGACCUUCUCACAGUCGGCAACUAGCAGCAGCGGAGCGGCACAGCUGAUGGGAGUGACCUCGGCAAACGUCGUCGGUGAACCGGCGGGUGGUAUGGCCGGAGGGCCACCGUCGGUUGGAGCGGGAAGCUUGCCGAUGCUCAGUUCCGCCUGCAUGCUGAUUGAGGCAGCGGUUGGACCGCUCGAGAACGCAUCCGCGUUGCUGAUGGGCGGACGACCGUUGAAUCUGCCCAGCUCGGUGCUCGUAUCGUCUUCCACGCCCUCGCCGCCUGUGAUUGCCCAAACGCUCGAAUCACCGCUGCCCGCGGAGCAGCAGGAUUUCAAGUACCCGGCCAAGGCAAAAACGAAGAAAAGUAUGAGCCGCGAGUGGUUGAGCGGACAUGCGCAGGAGCAGGGCGACUCCGGUUACGCGACAACACCCACGGAGGAUCGGGGAAACAGCGCGGUGGACGCAGUGUCCUCCUUGCCCCACCUUCGACAGCCCCUGCAGCUGAAGACCAACUUUGACGAUCCGUCCGGCACGGGAGAGGGUGGCAACAUCAUGAUAAAGAAGGUGGAAGAAUUCAUCAUGCAAAACUCGCCCCAGCCGGACGACAGUACGGUAAACGCCACUUCCUCCUCCUCCUCCUGUCCGGCGACUUCCUCCUCGGUGGCUGUUUCGUCAUCCACUCAGGCGAGUGCAACGAACAAAUGGCCAACGAGCGUGUCGUCGUCGAGCGGGGAAGUGAGUACGGUUAGCACCACGGACAAGAUGGAAAGUGCCGCCGUGAAGAAACGUUGGCUCCGGCAGGCAAUAUCGGAGGAAACCGACGAACAUCCGAGCGGUGGGCAUGGCGUUGGGCUGCAUUCAUCCUCCUCGUCCUCAUCUUCGCCACCACCGCCGAACGGGUUCACGACUCCGCUGAAAAAGCGGCGUGUGAUUCGAGAGAAUCCGAUUGCCGUCGUAUCGAGCGCACCAGCCGUGGUUUCGUCGGACGCGGCGCAGCAAAUGCCGCAACCAAUGUACGUCCAAUCGACUGCGCCCAUUACGUCGAGCUACGCGGACAGUAGCGGGUUGGUAGCGAGCGGAGGAAAUAGCGGACCUGCAAGCAGUGCAACCCGAUUUUGGGAUCAUUCCAUCUCGCCCGAGAAGCAAGCGAUGGACCUUUCCUCUCAUCGUGCCCCACCACCCACGAGCAGUGGCCCAGUGAAAAUGCUUACGCCUCUGCACUUUGCCGAUCCUGGUCCGAUGCCGACUGCAGGUGUGGCAACGCCACCGAUCCCAGUGCCGCCGCCACUGCCCCCGAUAGUAUCACCGUCUGCCACUGCGCAGGUGGUGCUAGCAGCGCCACAGCAGCAACCCUCGCCGACGAUCGCCGUCCAUCCGCAGCUACAUCUCGGUGGCAGUGUGGGUGUGGCCUCCUCUCCACACCAUCUUCACCAUCACCAUCCGUACCCGCUGUUACAGCAAAUCCAUCAUCAACCGCACCAUUCGAUUCCGCUAGCGAUGGCGGCGCAGAUGCAGUACGAGGUAACGGCGAGCAGCAGCAUAGUGACAGCAGACCCGCCGGCAGUUGCAACCGUGGAGACUGUUGAACAGCCGUUAGUGGAGACUGUCGAACAGGCAGCACCUGCACCAGCCAUUGCAGCCGAAAGUCCGCCAGUGGUAAGAGAGCAGGAAUAUACGGCUCCAACACCGGCGGCUACGCCUGUGUACGCGGAACCAGCUGCGGAAGUAAUCGAGGAACAGGUUGUAGAGCAGCAGGUGGUGGAUGUGGUUGAGCAGGAGGUGAUGGUGGAACAGGAAGUGAUGGUCGAGCAGGAGGAAGAGUUGAUGGAGCAGGAGGAAGUGAUGGAGCAGCAGGUGGAAGAAGUGAUCGAGCAACCGGAGGAAGAAGUGAUUGUGCAGCAGGAAGUGGUCGAGCAGGAGGAAGUGGUCGAGCAGGAGGAGGUGAUUGAGCAGGAGGAAGUGGUGGUCGAGCAAGAGGAGGAAGUGGUGGUCGAGCAGGAGGCAGUGGUGGAGCAGGAGAUCGUCGAAGAGCAGGAGCCGCAGGUCGAGCAGAAAAAGGAACCAAGUGCUGCUGUGGACGAGAUUGUUCAAGCUGCUGCUGAAGGACGUUCAAGGACGCCACAGUUGUGUGAUUCUGAGCUGGACACGUCCGAUCCAGCGAUCGAUAGCAAGGGCAGCACGCCUAGCAAAGGAAGCCAGAAAUACAUCGCCGACGAUGAUGAUGAAAUGGCCGCCCUGGUGGAAGAGAUCGUCCAGGAGUCGUUCGUGUCAAAGCGCAAGGAAGCAGAAACAGCGGCAGCAGCAGCGGUGGCGAAAUCUCUCGAGCUGCAGGUGGAAAAGAAAGCACCAAUUCCAAGUCCCACGCUGAAAUCGUCUGCAAAGGACGAAACAAUGAGUGUGGGUGAGGAUAAAACGAUAACGUCUGCUGCCAAGGACAGCUCUGCUGCAGCUGCUGUACGUGAAAAGUCGGCAGAGAAACGAUCCACCAGUAGAGAAUCACUCGGAAAGGUGGAGCAGCCGAAAGCCAACAGCCAAUCGGUGGAAAUUAGCUACUGCGAAGCGGAGGACGUUGUUGCGGAGGAAAAGCGUGACACAUCGGGCAUGGAGUCGUUGUCGUCGACGUUCGAUGAAAUUGUGGAAACAAUCGUCGAAGAGCGACUGGCGGCAAUGAACGACGAGUGCGAUGUCGCUGGCGAAGGAGAGCAUCCCGGCGACGAUACGGACGGCGGUGCCGAGGAAGAAUCGGUGCUGGUGUACGUCCAGGAGGAGGAGGAAGAGACCGGCUCGAAGGUGCAGCUCGAGGACGAAAACAGCGAGGACGCACUGAUGCGUGAGGUGGAGGAGGAGAUGAUGGAGAUGAUGUCGGAAACCAGCGCACUGCGCCAGGGGCUGCCCCGAACUUUGAACGAAGACGAGGAGGAGCGUGAUGUACGCUUCAUAGCGGAGGAAGAGGACGAUGCCGUUAAGCCGGAAGUGGUGGCGGCUAGCAAGGCCGCUCCUAAGGACGAAACGGCAUGCGCCGAGUGGACGGAGGCGACCCCGGUUGCCAGUUCGUCGCCGCAGAAAGUGGCAAACGGCACGAAGGAGACCUCGAAAGCAACUCCAGCGCGUGCCGCUGCACCGGAGGACAGCGAGCAGAGUGAACUGGCCGACCUGCAGAAGGUGAUCGCAUCCUUCCACUCCGAGAACAUCAUGAAUCUGAUCUCGCGCAACAAAAGCAAAUCGAAGAAGGGUGGCAGCAGCAGCGUCUCCCCGCCGGCACGAGCGCCGAGCGCAGACGGAGCGAGCGUGAAGAAGCAGGUGAAGCUGAACUUUGACCUGUGCGUCAAGGACGAUCCCGUCAAUGUGACGCUGCAGCGGUCUGCCUCGGAAGGAAUGGAAGCGACGGGUGAAUCCAUCGCCGUGAUUACGGGAGCAACUUCGCUGGCCACAGGCAUGGCAGCUGCUGGCGCUGCGAUGCCACCGAUGGUGCUGCCUCCUUCGUCCGUGUCUGUGCUGGCCGCAUCGACCGGGCUGGCGUCUGCCGCACUGCUCACCACGUCGACUGCAAGCGGCGGAAGCGUCAGCAGCAAUCUGCACACCAUCAAAACGAUCCCAACCGUCGUGAACAGCACCACCGUUGGUGGCAAUGUCGUCGUCCCAUCGGUCACCACGUUCGGCAGUGAACCGAUCCGCUCGUACUCUACGCUACGGCCGGAUCCGCCCAUGCCACCGGGACCCUUGGUAGCCGGUGGACAUCUCAGCACGCUCGGUGGGUACCAUCUCGGGCGUCUCGGGCCGUCCACCGGAGCGCCUCCGAGUGUGGGCAGCGCGGGCAGCGCUGCCGGCGGUAUCUAUCAGUACCGCUCGGAGGUAUCGAAUCUGCUGGAACGAACGGCCAUGCUGGCUCCGCUUCACCGACCGACAAGUUUCUCGACCCUUGGAUCGCUCACCUCGCCGCUGGUUGGCGGUGGCGGUGUAAAAUCGUCCCUCCUGCUCGGCUCGGGCACGGAAUCGUUGUCCACUCUCGGCAGCACGACAGCGCCGCCAUCGAUGGUAGGAGCCGCCGGCGUAACACCGGGAACAGGAACCACCCCUACCGGAGGAUCACCCGCCGUUGGAGCGUAUCCGAAGAUCUUCACCAAAACGGCCAGCUCGGAUCCGCGGCUCAACCCGGCACUGGUGGCAGCAACGACCGCAGCCGACGCAUCGUCCCCCGCCGGGGCAAGUGCCGCCAGUGCACCGAUCACCCCGAAACGCAAGCUCUCCAUUACCGAGUAUCGCAAGCGCAAGCAGCAAACUUCGACCGAAGGUAGCGCAACGUCCACGACGCCGGGAACGGCCACUUCGACCACUUCCACAGGCAUUGGCUCUACUAGCAGUAGCUCGAUACUAUCCUCGCUGGCCCCAGUGCCCUCAGCCGCCGCUCUAAUAGCGGCGUCGAAAGCGAGCAGGAGAGAGCAGCUGCUGCUAGCGGUCGAUCGUGCCGCCGCGUCGUCUGUGAGCAGCACCAUCAGCAGCAACGAUGUGAGCAGCUCGAUCAGCCGGGAGCUUAGCAUGGAGCUGGAUCUCGAUCUGCCGGAGGAGGCGAAAUCGGGCGACAGCUCCAACUCUUCGUCCUCUUCGUCGAGCGUCGGUGGUGGUGGUGGUGGUCGUGUUCGGGCGCCAGUUCCCGGCAUAAGCAACGGCACAGUGGGCAAGCUGAGCGGAAAGGACGCUGGCAGUGGCGGUAUUUCAACGGCCGUGGAUCAUGCAUCGUCGACGAACCAUCAUCAUCACAAUCACUACGAAGCACUUUCGUCCACCGACGAAAUAACGACCACAUUCAGUGCUACACCAACGUUGGCCGAGCUGCGCAGCGAGGGCGGCAUGUCGGCGGAGCGGCUGAAGUCGCUCAAAUACUUCCCAUAAAGUUCGUGUGAUCUGUCCAAGCGCGAGUCGGACUAAAAAAGAAGGAGUGAUGCAGCAGGAGAAAGAGCCGAAACACGCACACGCAGUGCUCUCGCAAAUGACAUGCGGGACAUGUCGAUAGGAACAGGGCGGCAAAGAGACCAAGACCACCCCAUCCCACACCCAACGCUUCGCAUAGUAAGGUAGUACCACCCACGGCACGACCACAUCAAUGCGUAAUUAGAAUUAAUAGCGCUAAGAACUCGCAUCGGUGUAAGAGGGGAUGCGGAAAGAAUUCUUACCUCGCACGGUAGGAACACUCAGGAAUAGCAAACAAGCAAUAAGGAGGAGGGAAAAGGAGUAUAGAGGGUGCUUUUUGGGGUUUUUCUCCGACGGUUUCGGGGCACUACGAAAUCAUCGUGAGAUGGUUUUUGUGACCUUUUCCGCGCUCCACUAAAAAAGCACACAUUGAUGGUGCAUUGAAUGUGAGCGACCCGAUCCGUCAGUUUUUGUUCAGUUCUUCUUUUUUUGGGAAUGAUUGCAAUGAUGAUGCACACACAUUGUGCUGUGCGCUCGAAUGUUCGCGCUAGAGUAAUGCAAAAAAAAAUGGUGUAAUGUUUUGGAAUGAUUUUAGAUUUCAAAGUGUUUGGUUUUAACUGUGAAGGAUGUAUCCAAUACAACUUCCGAUUGUUCCGAUUGUUGAUCAUCUUUCCGUAUGAUUAUACGCAUCCACACACAAACUUCUCCCUCCUCUCGAAGCAGGCCAAGAAAACAAGCAACAAGCGGAAAUCAAAAUAAGCUCGAACCGUAGUAACAGCUGCAGCAGCCCCGAGCUCCUUCGAAUAUCAAAAGCAGAAAGGGAAAGGCAAGAGUGAAAUUAUUCGAUAAAUUAAUAAUCAAACAAGCGCGAUGGGAGAGAGGACAGAAAGGGAGGGGGUGUAGUACAGAGAGGACAGAACACAAAGACCCCUCUCCCCAGAUACGCACAGCGCAAAGCCCGCAAUUUGCAUCGAAGUAGAGAUGUGGUUUGUGUGUCACACCUAGUACAAAGUACAAAGCCGAAGGUAGUAGAAGAAAGCGACACAGGGAAAUAUCGAGGCAGGUGAAAAUUAACAUAAUACAUACAUAUAUAUACACACACCCACACAUACAUACAUAUAUAUUUAUAAUUUUCAAAGUAAGCGGUAAAUACACAAACGUGUGUACAAGUGUAAUAAGGCAGAUGUAACAUAGCUUAAGCAAAAAGAUAGGCCAAUAAGGACAGGAAUGAAGGAGUUUUAAACAAGAUCUUUUUUGUAGUAUCUAUUAUUGGUUAUGACCUACAUUAUUAGUUACACACUCACACACACGGUACCGCACGCACACACACGCACACUCUCUCUCUCUGCGUCUUGUUUUGGGGAGAGUUUCGCAACCUUAGCCACCACUAAUCCCUAACCCAGUAGGCUACUAAUCACCUCUCCCGUGUGAUGAUAAUUGCUCUCCUUAGUGAAGGUAUAUUCGUGUGUGUGUGUGUGUGCGUGUGCAUGUGCGUGAUAUGAUGAGGCAGGCGAAAAAGGAGAUAAACAUAGGUUUAUAAGUUUGCUUCAUUUCAAUUGUAACACGAAUUAAUAGCGCAUCGGUAAGCCUUUUAAGUGGACUAAAUUCAUAUGAUCCGUCUCAAUGUUUCUUCUUUCGUCGUCCGAUUUUGGUAUUGUCUGCUGUCUGCCCGCCCCUCUUUUCGAUUCCAUUUCUAUUUCCUUCGAUCACUUAUCUUUCCUACUUAUUUUAACACUUUGUGACGAGCAUGAUGUUAGUCUCUCAUCAUGAGUCAACAGUUUGUUGUCACAAAGUGCGUCAUGUAUCGAAAGAUAGAACUUAUCAUUUCAAUACGUUUCAUUUCCUUCAUCGUUUACUUUAUUUGCCACACAACAACCGUAGUUGGUCUGCCUAAGCCACUUUGUGGGUUCCGUGAAUAGUUCCGUGGGCUCUCGAUAACAUGAUAGUCAGAAGAUCUCGAUAUGUACGAGACUGGAACCCUGACUAGCAUGCUAUUAUUGAAUCGUACGGACUGUAGUAAAACUUCAAACAACUAAUAUACAGCAAAAAAAAAAACGUCUCUGCUCUGGCAGUGGAAUCGGAACGACAGUGGGGCAGAACAACAACAACAACAGAAGAAACACGAGCCAGAGAGACAGAGAAUUACUUUGCCGUUUUUUUUUAAAUAUACAUGUUAGUAGUGGUAUAGUUUUUUAUCCUAUUUUAUGGUUGCUAGAGGCGGGCUCUGUUGGUUUUUUUUAUACGAUUUAAUUGCCAAUUUAACAAUAUCUGUUGAUUUCCUAAAAUUAUUCGCAUGUGUUUUUCUGUGUCAUAAACCUUUGCAUAAAUUGUACAGCUCUUUGCUUUUAGCGUGUAAUAUAUAAUAUAUUCCAACCUCUCCAAUGCGGGGCGGGAAGAGAGAGUACUCUAAUGUAAGACCAUUUCACCUGGGUCAUUUGUUUUUAUAAGGUCACGCAAAUCAUACAACACACGACGACAGCCACCACCACCCAGAAGGUACCCAGGUGUCAACUAUGCAUGCGUGUGUACGUUUUGUGAAUUAUAUUUUUGAUAAUAGUGUAUUAUAAAAGCGUAAAUUUAUUGUAUCGUGUACACACCACAUUCAUUAUUGACCCCGAAAGACGCCCUUUGCGCGCGUAUGUUGUGUGUGUAAUGUGAGCAUGUGAGUUGAAACGAAGCGAUUUGUGUACAUACAAUAUGUGCGAAGGAGGCCAUGCGUGCAUGUGCAUGGGUUCUUCCUUACCUAACCCCCUUUCCGGUAAAACUUGUUAAAAACAUUCUUACUACUUAAGUUAUAACGUUUAAAAACACCACAAAAAUACACGAAACUAACCGAAAAACGGCCCAUAGAAAAAGGUACCCAAUGAUGCGGCGGAUCAUCCCAGUUGAAUAAAAAAACGUCUCACUGCAUCCUGGGUUUUUGUGGUGGGGUUGUAAGAUGGGGGAAAACACGGGGCAUUCAGCUUAAGAGUAACUUAUUAAACACAGCGAAAACACUUACGUUUGCUGCUGAGUGUAACGUAUGUAUGUAGACGAGCAGGAAAGAAGAAAGGCGUAACUUUAUAAACUAACUAAUGUAAAAAGGGGAAAAGGGGAAACAAACAGCUCUAUACACAAAACAAAUAAGAAGUAAACACAAAGCAAAAACAAAA